AUGUCUGAGUUUGAUCCUAAGAAACCCUCCGUGCCCAUAUCGUAUCCAAUCAAGACCCUGAAGGAGCUGGAAUCACGCUCCUACUUUGAGUCCUUUCACUACCCUUUUAACAAAGCUUCAGUUCCCAUCGAAAGUGGGUAUUCUGCAUCAUUACCUAAUCGUAGAAGAAUACUGGUGUGCCAUGAUAUGGCUGGAGGGUAUUUGGAUGACAAGUGGGUCCAGGGAGGCUCUAAUGCAGAUGCCUAUGCCAUAUGGCAUUGGCAUUUGAUAGAUGUGUUUGUUUACUUCUCUCACUAUCUUGUCACUCUCCCUCCUCCUUCUUGGACUAAUACAGCUCAUCGUCAUGGUGUUAAGUUCUUGAAUUUUGUCAGGGUUUUGGGGACUUUUAUCACCGAAGGUCGUGAGGGAACUGCUCUCUGUGAUGAACUGCUUGCAACAAAGGAGUCUGCCCGAAUGUAUGCAGAACACUUGGCAGAGCUUGCUGUUAAUUUAGGCUUUGAUGGGUGGCUGUUGAAUAUGGAGGUAACAUUGCCGCCAAAACAGAUUUCUAAUUUGAGAGAGUUUGUCAACCAUUUAUCAUUAACAACACAUUCUUCAGUCCCAGGAUCACUAGUGAUAUGGUAUGACAGUGUCACUAUUAACGGUGAUCUAUGGUGGCAAAAUGAACUAAAUGAAAAUAAUAAACCUUUCUUUGAUAUAUGUGAUGGGAUAUUCACAAACUAUUCAUGGCAGGAAGACUAUCCAAGUCGAUCUGCUUCUUUUGCUGGUGAUAGAAAGUUUGACGUGUACAUGGGGAUUGAUGUAUUUGGAAGGGACACAUAUGGUGGUGGACAGUGGAAUACAAACGUUGCUCUUGAUCUAAUAAGAAAAGUUGAUGUCUCUGCUGCAAUCUUUGCUCCUGGAUGGGUCUACGAGACUAAGCAAGAACCAGAUUUUGAGAUUGCACAGAAUCGUUGGUGGAGUCUGGUGGAAGAAUCUUGGGGCACAGUGCGAAAGUAUCUUAGAACACUGCCAUUCUACUCAAAUUUUGAUCAGGAAUUCCCUUUGGCAUACUUACUGGGACGCGGUUAUCAUAUUUCAGUUGAUGGAGACCAAAUAUCAGAUGCUGCUUGGUGCAAUAUUUCUUUUCAAGGUGUUCAGCCACUCCUUGAGUUUGCUGAUUCUACUGCAAAUUCUCUUCAACUUCUUGUAGACUUGAAGGAGGCAUCAUAUAGUGGAGGGGGAAAUAUUACAUUCAAAGGAUCUCUUGAAAAGGAUGCUUACUUCAAGAGGAGAAUCUUUCAAGGAGAGUUCAUUUUAAGCGAAUUGCCUAUCCACUUCUUUUAUUCUGUGAAAUCUGAUGGCAAUUCUUCUUUGGGAAUCGUGCUUGAGUUCAUUUCUACCAUGAACAAAUCGAUGUCUAUACUACUCACUUCCCAUGGAAUGGAUCAUCUGUCAAGCGCAUUUAGCAAAAUAGUCAGAACAAGUGAACAAAAGGGAAAUGCCCCUGGAUGGAUCAUACAUGAAGGUACAAUUGAAAUGAAUGGAUACGUUCUGACUGAAAUCCAUGCUUUGUGCUAUAGAUCAAAUGCUGCAUCCAAAGAACUGGGACUGAAAUCCAGACCAUUAGGUCCUGAUUAUACUGUGGCUUCCUCGACUGAUUAUUUUGCGGUUCUUGGUCAUGUCAUAGUCAAGACUUCCAACUAUAAGCCAGAGUUUCCAGUUUCUACAUCCUGGCUAGUUGAUGGUGAAUUCAUCAAUUGGAACUCUGGUCCUCAGAAUUCAAAGAUCCUUAGUGUUAAAAUCUCUUGGAAGCUGAAAGAAGGAAAGAAAUUUGUAUUUCUACACUACAAUGUGUAUGUGGAGAAACUGCCAAAGCUAGCAGAUGGUAAUCCAAGCACAACAUUAGAACAUGUGCAGGAGUAUCUUGGAGUAGCACAUGUAAACUGUUUCUAUGUUUCUGAGCUCAACGUUCCUCCUAGAAUUUCUAGUCUCAAAUUUAUCAUACAAGUCUGCGGUUUUGAUGGGACAAAUCAGAAUAUAGAAGAGUGUCCAUUCUAUCAAUUGGAGAUAAAAGGUCAAUAA